UGGCCCUUUUGUGUAUGUUUCCUUGGACACCAGAGGCAGGAAGUAACAUUUGCCAAGCACACAGCGGUCACCACACAGACUCUGCCAUCUCUCUGGGGCCAUGAGGGGCCUGCUGACCACGCGGGAGCAAAACGGCUGGAGGGAGCUUAUCAACAAGGAGGCCUCCUGCAGGGUCAGCUGGAAGGCCAAAUACGGGCACAAAUACCCCAGGCGGGUGACUGACUAUGGGGUCGCCAAGAGGAAGUGUUUCUUGCCUGCCAUCUGCCCUCCUGAGAAGAGUGCAAGCUCCCUCCGGUGUCAAGAAGUAACUCUGCAAAAAGAGGACGGGCAGCAGCUGUCAGGGAAGGAGGAGAAGCAGGGGGAGGAAGGACCAAGCCUUCAGCAUCCUCUUCCCGAGAUGAGGGUUCCCACACCACAGACAACUCAGCUGCUAUACCAGGGCUUCUCCCAUGAAGGCAAAGGGAGGCACCACUACCUCAAGCAGAGGAAGAUGAAGAGCCCUGAGGAGAAAUUCUGCUACCCAGUGCUGUCAUCGUGGGAGUACGGCUGGCGCUUAGGAGACGUGGUUAAGGACAUGAGGACACCAAUUCAUGGCAAAUCCCGAAUUGUAAAGGAUACUUUCUACUUCAAAAAUGGAAUCUUCUAUCAUCCAUCAAAAACUGACAAGCUGUCAUGAAUAUUAUUGCUAACUGACAUGUGGAAAAUGUUUGUGCAAUGUUGCCUAGCAUGGAUAUUUGUUGUGGUAUUGGAUCAGACAACCCUCUAUAAUUACUUCCCUCCAUAAUUACUCUUUCAGAUUUAGAACUUGCUUCCAGCCUUCCUCUCCCUGUAGCACGUAGCACUGCUUCUUGUGUAAUAAAUGCACAGCACCUAUCAUUCUGGCAGAGUAACUUACUGGGUUCUGUGUCAAGGAUGUGUAUACAACCUUGCAUACAUUUGGAACCAGAGUCUGAUUUAGAGUCAAUUAAUUCAUAUGGCUGUUGUGAUGUUACUUGUGAUAGUUUCUUUUGUGGUGACACCCUGAAAGAAGACCUGCCAUAGGCUGAUAUUUUUUUAAAGCACCUGUCACAGUUUAUACCAAGAUGAAGUUAGAGAACUGCUUUGAAAUUCAAAAGGGGUGCAGGUUUGUAACAAAAACUUUUGUGACAAAGUAUUCCCAGUUCUCCAGGUAGUGGAUAUGAAAGACCUUUGACUGGGGCCUUGGAGGGCAACUGCCAGUCAGAGUAAGCAGUAUAGGAAUAGAUGGACCAAGUCUGCUCCAUUAGUGAUUGGGUACAUUAUCAUAUUUAGUAAUGCUGGCCA